CUUUAAUCAAAUUGUAUUUAUUGAUGUUGGUUGUGUGGUGAUGGGGCCCAACACACCAUCACGACCCCUCCACCUCCUCCACACCCACGGCAGGAGGAGUAGAGUGGAGUGGAGCAGUGAAGUGGAGUGGAGUAGAGUGAAGUGGAGUGAAGUGGAGAAGAGUGAAGUGAUGAUCUAACGUGUUGAAAAAUGCAAAAUAAGAACUGAUAAUGUUGAUAUUUACACAGGAACAUAAAACAGUUACAAAAAAUACACCUCCCACAUCACAUUCAUUAACAAAAGAACCACACACGAAUAAAUGAAAAAAAAAGAUAAUAAAAAUAACCUUAAGUGUAUGAAUAUUAAUGUUUAUCUUCCCUAGGUAAGGAGAUGAAGAGGAAACACGUAAAUCUUAGUCACUACUCAAACGUAAAAACACUUUCAAUAUUUACCACAAUCAAUCACGGACCUACAUAUUUCCUAAUCUAUUUAAUUAUACCGAAAAAAGUGUCUAUAAAUGAUAUAUAGGUGAGUAGUGUAAGACUCAGGCAGGGGCGAGCAACACCUCACAGAAACUAGCUGGAGUUGACGAUAACUAGUGUGGAGUGAUGGCGCCCUUCAGACAACUAUACUCCAAGUUCCGCGGGCUGCUGCAGGAGUCGUGGCAGACCAACGAGGUGACGGCACACUUUGGACCCACCGCCACGCUGGACAACAUGUUCCAGUACCUGUGGUGUCGGUCGGAGGCGCAGCAGGUGCUUGUGCCCUCCCCUGGCAACUCCCGCAUCAGCAGGAAGGGCGCCACCGAGUCCGAGAAGUUCCGCAACGAGGGUAAUCGUCUAUAUCGAGAGCGUAAGCUGGAGCAGGCGUUGCUGGCCUACAACUACAGCAUCCUGGCGGCCCCUCACCCACCUGUGGGAGAGUCCGUCCCGGAAGAGCCCGCCCCUGAACAGGAGAGCUUGGCGCUCGCUUAUGCCAACCGCUCGGCUGUCCUGUAUGAGAUGGGGCAGUUUGAGGCAGCCCUGGCCGACGCUCAGCGGGCCAUAGUGUUCGGCUACCCACCUGCUAGGAGACAUCGUCUACAGGAACGAAGAGCUAAGUGUCUCCAAAUGUUAGGCAGAUUACAGGAGGCCAAGGCGGUUUUGGAUGACACAAUUAAUAACCUCUCGUCGUUGUCUUUAAAUGAAAAAGAGGCGGCGACCGUGAAGACCUCUCUCACCAAGCUGCUGGCCAAGUGUGAGGGCAGCACCGCCCCUCCUCCAACCCCCCAGCACCAGUACGAGAGGGUCUUCUACACAGGUCCCUCCUCCCCGCCCCCUGUCUCCUGUCCCAGCUCUGACCUGCCCUGCCUCAGCGACGCCCUCAGGAUCCACUACACGCCCAUCCUCGGCAGACACCUGGUGGCGCAGAGAGAUAUUCAACCAGGAGAGGUGUUGGUGGUGGAGGAGGCGUUGGCAGCCGUGGUCAAACUGGACGGUACUCUCAGGACACACUGCUCCCACUGCCUGCGUCGGUGCCCCAUCCUGCUGCCUUGCCCUACGUGUUCUCUGGUGGUGUUCUGUAGUGAAGGUUGCCGGAGUGCUGGUGUGGGCGGGGGACACGGUGUUGAAUGUGAGUUGCUCUCAGCCCUGGUGUCCCUUCAGCUGGACCCUGCAGCAGCCCUCGCCUUCAGGGUUCUCACCUCCACCACCCUCACGGCCCUUCGAGCCACUGUGUCCACCCUCCAGCACGAGAGUGGGAGUGGUGGGGGCUCACGACCCAUGAUGCAAGUGGCUCACAACUACCGCACUCUGUACCACCUUGAGGGACACGCCACGGCUCGGUCAGAGAGUCAACUACAAGAAACAGCCGCCAUCGCUUGUGUUUUGACACGCAUCCUCAUAGAACAGUGUCCUAAGUUCUUGGAAGGUCAUGAUACUCAUCCUGUCGCGAUUACACUUGAAGAUGUUGUAUUAGUGGGGGGACAAUUAAUGCGGCUCAUCCUGGGUCUGGAGUGUAAUGUUCACGGUAGUAAAGAGGUCACAAUAGGGGAUGAGGCACAGGAAGGUGUCGGGAAGAACCGCGGACAGGAAGUUGGCUGGUCAGUAUACUCGGCUCUGAGCCUCGUGAACCACUCUUGCAUGCCCAACACCCUCACCACCUCCCUGGGCAGCACCAAGUUCUUGUAUAGCGUGAGUACCAUUCCACAAGGAGCGGAAAUCACAGACAGUUACGGUGAGAGAUACGUUAGUCACGGGCGCUCAGCACGACGUGCAGCACUUCAGCAGCAUUAUUUCUUCUGUUGUGGCUGUGUUGCCUGCCAGGCUGACUGGCCGCUAUAUCAUGAGCUACCGAUGAAACCAAGUUUGCGGUGCCCCUCCUGUUGCCAAGCACUGAGUGGGUUCACGUGUAAGCUGUGUGAACUAGUGUGCACGACCACAGCCAAGCUGAAAACAGGUGUCCAACUGUACGAUGCUCCGAGCACUCAAGUGCAGAUGAACAAAUAUUGGUCGGAAUAUGUUCAGGCUUCAGCCCAGAUCAACAGCGGUAAGGUGUCCCCCGACCUGAUGGCCACAGUAGUUAACUUGUUGAUGUUACUGGAUAAAUACACUGUUCACCCCAACCAGGCUUAUGUUAGUGCUCAGGAGACACUGAUGACCUGCUUUGACCUGAUGGGUUCUGUCCACUUGGUGACCAACUAACAGUAAGUGAAGCUUCUUAUGAUAUGAGGCAGCAUAGGCCUACUGUACCGGGUAUCUCUUACUGCGGUGAAUCUGUGAUUAAUUUACGAUUUAAUAAUAAUAAUAAUAAUAAUAAUAAUAAUAAUAACAAUAAUAAUAAUAAUAAUAAUGAUUUUCCUCUGAUACCAAUGUUGUGGAAGCUGCCAGUCAUUACCUAAUAGUUUCAGUAAUAAAUGCAAACUGCGUGUAUUGAAAAAGCCGCCAGUCUACCUAAUGCAAAACCCUUUCUUUGUAAAUUAAGAAGGAGUGUUGUUAAUACUUAAAGACUGAAUAAAGAAAAUACUUCCCUCUGAGAUCGCGUAAGUAAUGGACUUUCUUGGGUACACGGAUGACGUUGCCAAUACUUGUCGCUGAGGUCGUGUGGCUGUGACCGUAACCUUCUCAUGUGAAGGUUAAUUUAGAUUCCCAAGCAGUGGUAACUCUAGUCACAAUGUUUUUUUAUUGUCGUAGUUCUAGUCACAGUUUCAUAUUUUCCUGAAAAAAAAACCCUGAGAAGUAAACCACGUGAUGACCUAUAGAGAGACUAAUGGACGCUGGACAAUUGGUUUAUUGAUCGUCACCUUUCAUCUUUUGAUUUUAUUGGUUGGGACUUUUUCUCUUACGAACAGUUUUGCUUCAGGUACAGUGCCUCCAGCGACCAUCUAUUGUUGUCAGGAGCUGGAGAAGGUGAAAUAGAUCAUCAAAUGAGUAUCACCUUGAACAAGAACAAUGGCAGAGCUUCCUUGAAUGAUUUUAAUACUACAGCAUAAUAGGAACGUCUUAUGUCGUCCAAUAACAGGUUCAUGGAGACGCGUUAAAGUUAUUUGUAUUCAUUAACCUGUCUGUGAUUAUUUUUCUGUCCAGAAGGUAAGUGUGUAUAUUUUGUAAUAGUUGUUUUGCUUUUUAAAACGGUCUGGACCUUUAUGUGGAGUUUCAGGUCCAGUUGAGUCACUAUGCUGUACUGUACGCGACUAAAAUAAAUGUGAUUUCACCCG